GUACCUAGCUAGCUCUACACCACCGUGUCUCCCUUCUACAACCACAGUUGGUACCUAGUGAUGCGUUUUUUGGUCACUCAUACGUAGCUGCAGAUUCAUUUUUCUGUUCAGUCCAGACACCUCCCAUUUUUCUCUCAAUCCAUCCUUGAGGGACUCUUCUCAGGCCGCUCACAGAUUGCCCUCAUUUUAAGGCCCAUGUGAACAAGCACAAUGUCGCAAUCAAAUGGCCAGCAAAGGCCGGUACCUGGAAGUAAUACUUCAACAAACAGCAAUGGGCAGACUGGUCAACAAAGAGCUGGCCCAAAUACAUCUGGACAAGCUGGAGAAGUAUGGGAUGAAGAACGACUGGAACAAGGUUUGGAAAGGUUGAAAGAGUUGCAUAUUCAGGUCAGUGGUGCCUCUUUCCCAGUUGCACUCACAGGAACUUAAAAGGACUUUAGCUGCGCAGCCUACGAACCUGUAUCCCUCGAUUACUGGAGCCUCUUACCACGAAACAACCAUCUCGUAUGUAUUGCCUCGGGAACCCUCCUAGAUUCGCUCCAGCAGCUGAUACUUCACUCUAUAGCCGAAUCAUUAUUUCGCGAAUUUACUGAAUCAACCCGCGUCGGAACCAAAGAGGUACAGGAAUUCAAACAUUUGAUGGGAGACGAAGAGACGAAUAAAAUAUUUGCCCAGGCUAGGAAAAGCCGUGCUGAGAAUCCAGAUAACAUUAAGCCAUGGAGAGCCAUGGAUCAUCCGGAUGCAUUUACCAGACGUACCUGAAGCUGGCGCGAUCGUGAAACGAUUGGCGGGAGAAUGUACCGAAUUUGGGCCUUCGAGGGAAUGUGCACGCCAAUUAUUGGGCGUGCAAAAUCGAAGAAUAUAAAAUGGGAGUUUGAUUGGUCGACUUGGAGUUCUGGGUAUACCACAUUGCUGUUUGCUGGAAAUGGAGUUUUCGAUAGUCUGAUCUAGAAAUUGCCUGGGGGGAUCGUUUCUUUGGGGUAUUUGUGACAGGGCUUGAGACUCUGGAUGUAAUGGAAUUGUAGAUGGUAAACAUUGCUGCAUGUUCUUGUCAAGGACGGGAGUUCAUCACGAGUAGGUAGGGCACCUGGUUUCUUUAAUAACAAUUUAUUGAAUCAAAACCAGAAUGACUCCAAAUACAAAUCGACCCUCAUACGAUUCCACCAGACAGAACACACACCAACAAGCCCUUAACUAUUGAGUAGAGGCACCGUUAGGGGCGCAAACAAUUUGCCCUCCGUCUAUCACUUUGCCUCCGGGUGCUGUACAAAACGGCGAUGAGCUUUUGUUCCGCGAGAAAACGGUAGUAUUGCGUUGAAUAACGUAUCCCGGAGCCUCAAACUCUCCUCGGCACUAGAGACCAGAAUAAGCGUGUUUACAAUGUGGGUAAUUAAUUAUUGUUAGUACUCACGCAGAAGGUAGAUAGACCAUUUGCCUCGCAACCACCAUUGCCUUCGGUUCCAGAAUCGCACCACAACAUCCCCGCGGGAUUAAAGUUGUCUCUACGAUCAUGAUCAAUUGGAGUGGCGGCAACAAUGCCCAACAUGAAAAUGACAAAUUUCAUGACGAUUGGAUGUUUUUGGAUGGUUGGUUAAAGUAGAAGAAAGAGUAGUCGCUUUAAAUUUGACAAUCUGAGGGAUCUGCUUCGAAGGAGGAGAAAUGCUCAUUGAUAUAGCUGCUAACUAAUACUAAGUUUCUAGGCAUGACAGGCUACUUUGUUUUAUUGUGAC